UGACCAGAGACUGCGGACAGCACAGGGAUGACCAGAGACUGCGGACAGCACAGGGAUGACCAGAGACUGCGAACAAAGCCGGGAAGACAGCGCGCCGCUGGAUAGAGGAACAGGUAAGAUCAAAGAACAAAGAAGUAAGAGCGGGUACCUGUCAAAUUCAGGUACCCGCUCCCCACCUCCCCAAAGGUCAGCAGUCAUCUCCAUAAGGUCCCGCUGCAGAGCUGAGCGGCCGGCCCGGUGUUCUGACACGACCGCGGUGGAAAUACCAGACCGGCCGCUCCAUAUUCGCUCCAUAAGACGCACUGACAUU